AUGACUUCCAACCUCACGUCCCGCUGGACAACCCUCUACACUCGCACCCUCCCCACUCUCGCCCAGUCCUCCCAGCCCACCUGGCCCGUCCACCUAGACCACUGCUUCGCGCGCAUCAUCCUCGACGCAGUCAUCGGCAACUCAACCUCCAGUCGCCCAGACGAAACGCCCACUCCAUGGACCGCGAAGCUGAAAUCGCCCGCGGUCAAGAACAUGAGCCCACAGCAACUGGAAGCGUGUAUAGAGCUCGGCGAAGCUAUAGCCGAGGGAAGAAUCGAUCUGGUGGAAUUGGACCAGCGGAGUUUGACCGUUCGAGGGAAGAUGCUCAAGGGUGAGAAGAGGAAGAGGGAGGAUGUGCCAGGCGACGCCGCUCCGGAUAUGAAGAAAUCCAAGAAACCAUCGCGAAGCCAACAAGGCGACAUUCGAGCCGCCAUGGGUGCGCCUCCGACGACUCCGCCCAAAUCGCCAUCACCAGCGGCAGUCGAUCCGGCUCUAUCCUCUGAGAUCACCUCGCAUCCCACCCUCACACCCUUUCGCAGACGCGUCCUGCUUGCUCUUUGCCAAGUGCCUUCGGGCUCAUACACUACCUAUCUCGCUCUCUCGAAUCAUCUAUCUUCCUCACCUCGUGCAGUGGGCAACGCGUUGAGAAACAAUCCGUUUGCGCCACGGGUGCCUUGUCAUCGGGUCGUCGCUGCUGAUGGGGGCAUGGGGGGGUUUGGAGGGGAGUGGGGGCCAAAGGGUAAACACAAUGGGAAGAAAGUACGGCUGCUGAAGGGUGAGGGUGUGAAGGUCGACGCUGCGGGUGGGAGGGUAAUGGGGUCACCGUGGUCGGGCUUCAAGUGA